AACUCUGAUUGUGGAGCAGGAAGGAUGAUCUCUGUUUCUCUCUUCAGACAAACACACAAAGCUUCACUCUGGUAAAUCUUCAGACGGUCACAAUGCAGAUCUUUGCUGCUCUGGUUCUCCUGGGAACAGCCCUGCAUGGCGCUGCACCAAUGACUCACUCUAUGAUGAAUUUCAUCACUGCAUCGUCUCAAGUCCCAAACUUCCCAGAGUUUGUGUUUGUUGGUUUGGUUAAUGAGAUUGAGGUAGCGCAUUAUGAUAGUAACAGCAGGAAAUAUGAACCCAAACAGGAGUGGAUGAUCAGAAUCACAGAAGAUGAUCCUCAGUACUGGCAGAGGGCGACUGAGAAUGGAUUUGUUGAACAGCUGAUCUUCAAACACAACAUUGAAGUUGUAAAGCAGCUCUUCAACCACACUGGAGGUGUCCACAUACUCCAGUGGAUGGUUGGCUGUGAAUGGGAUGAUGAGACUGAUGAGGUCAAAGGUUAUGAACAGUACGCUUAUGAUGGAGAAGACUUUAUCUCAUAUGACCUGGAGACAGAGACAUGGGUCGCUCCAAAACAACAGGCUGUCUUCACCAAACACAAGUGGGAUGAUGACAAAUAUCUGAUGGAUCUGAGAAAACACUACCUCACCCAGAUUUGUCCUGAGGGGCUGAAGAAGUAUGUGAACUUGGGGAGGAGCUCUCUGCUGAGAAAAGACCUUCCCUCAGUGUCUCUCCUCCAGAAGACUCCCUCCUCUCCAGUUAGCUGCCACGCUACAGGUUUCUACCCUGACGUAGCCAUGGUGUUCUGGAGGAAAGAUGGAGAGGAGCUUCAUGAGGACGUGGACCUCGGAGAGAUCCUCCCCAACCACGAUGGAUCCUUCCAGAUGAGUGUUGACCUGGACCUCUCAUCAGUCAAACCUGAAGACUGGACCAGGUACGACUGUGUGUUUCAGCUGGUUGGUGUGAAGGAGCACAUCUUCACCAGACUGGAAGAAGAAAAGAUCAGGACCAACAGAGAGAAACCCACUGACAAGAACGGCAUCAACAUUCCUGCAGUCGUUCUUCCUCUCGUCCUCCUCCUCCUCGCUGUGAUUGGAUUCUUAGUUUACAGAAGAAGAAUAACAGGAAGAUGGUGUUAGAAGAUACUCUGGCAUUUGGCAGUUGUGACGACUAAAACCAUGUGUGUGUUUUGUUUUUCAGCCAACUGUAAGUCAUCUUCUGAAAACAACUCUGAGUUCUCUGAGAAACUGAAUUGUGGAAAAGACAACCCUGAAGGCCAAACACACAACCCUGCACAAAGUGGGCUGCUUCAGGAGACAUGAACUUUUCACACCUGCUGUUAAACAAAGACGCCUUCAACUUUGUGUAAAACAACUUCUGUCAUUGUUUCUUAUUCAGCUUUUGUGACACAAUCUAGCUUUGAAGAACAUAUUUGACUUUAUACAGAUUUUCCAUAACAAAGUUGAGAUUUUAAUAAAAGUGUGAAGAGAAAGACACAGAUUCUUUCAGAAACCUUCACAUCAGCAGAUCAGAUAAAGUGUAAUAUUAAAAAGUCAAAUAUGAACCUUAAGAAAAACAGUGACACCAAAUCACUGAAACAAUGUUGAAAAAAAUCAAAAAGAAAUAAUUUGUUUAAAAAGCAUAUUAGCUAAAUGCUUACAAAAUGUUCACACUAGUUAAUGAAUCAUGGAUAUUUGAGGUCUAAAUGAAGCUGUAAAUAUGAGGCUUUGUGGAAUUUUACUCUCCAAACCUCUAUGGUAAAUAAUUCAGAUUUUUAUAUAUAUAUUUUAUAU